AUGAAAAAAUUAGCUUUCAAUAAAACAUCAUAAACUGAUAACACGUGUAAAAAACAAACAAGGUCUACAAUUAAAUUUUUACAAAUUCAAUUUUAUAAAACACUAAAAAUUUAAAGAAAAAGUAUAGAUAAAAAUUAAUUCUAACUCAAAAAAAAUAGUAUGGUUAAGUUAAUAGUUAGCAAAAAUGAAGAAAUUCAUUUAAGUAAAUCAAUAUUUGAUAAUUUUUGUGCUUAUCCCAAAAAAUUAGACAUAAAAAUUUUAAUCAUUGCUAUGGUUGAGGUAAUCUUCUUACUCCUGAAUUUAUAAUAUAUGUUUAUUGCUUUUCGUAUUUAUGAAUACCUGCUAUCGAAUCUAUUUUGUCAUUAUGCAUACACUAAAAAAAUGUUAUCUAAAUGGGGAUAUUUAACUAUCUAUGCAAUUUUCAUAACGAAAUAAUUAUACUUCAGAUAUCAUCCUUUGAAUUAAAUUGAUUUUAUAUUAUUAUAGCCUUUAGCCGCUCUAUUUAAAAGUACAUAAUUGAUUUUUUAUAUUUUGAAAGCUACGCCUUUAAAUUAAUACUAUUUAAAAAUCUGCUUUGAUAUUUAUUCAUGGUACAUCUUAUUUCUACCUAAUAGAAGCUAUUUAGUAAGUCUAAUACAAAUCACUGUCUUUUUUUUAAUGGAGAAAAUAUAAAAACUUACUAAAACUAAAUAUUAGUUUUUACUGCUUUUAAUUCUUUUUUUAAAUUGGUUUUAAACUGUUAGUUAAUUUGUAAUUUUUUGUUAAUUUGGAUAAAUCUUAUCAAUAGCAAUUUACAUAAAUGAGAAAAAUAAUUUAAAAUAAAGAACUGAUUGA